AAGCAGCUAGAUUCUUACAUUUGGUUAAAUAUUAUUAAAUUGUUAAUGGAGCAACUAAACACGUCCACGUGAUGUAAAUAAAGUAAGAAAGAUCCACGCACUAUAUAUGCAUGACAUAAGUACCGAAAGUGAAAGUGUGUGAGAGUUGGGAAAGUAAGAAGUAAAUCGAAGCAACGCAUGGAGGAAGAGAUUGAGAUACGAAGUGGAUUCUGCAGAUCCAAUUCAAUCUUCUACAGCAAGCGGAAGCCCCUUCCUCUCCCUCCUAACCCUUCCCUCGACGUCACCACCUUCAUCUCCUCCCGGGCCCACCGUGGCACCACCGCCUUCAUCGACGCCGCCACCGGCCAAACCCUCACCUACGCCCAACUCUGGCGCGCGGUGGAGGGCCUCGCCACCUCUCUCUCCUCCAUGGGCAUCCGCAAGGGCGACGUUGUCCUCAUCCUCUCCCCCAACUCCAUCCACUUCCCCGUGGUCUGCCUCGCCGCCAUGUCCCUCGGCGCCGUCAUCACCACCACCAACCCCCUCAACACCGCGCGGGAAAUCGCCAAGCAGAUCGCGGACUCCAAGCCCCACAUCGCCUUCACAACGCCUCCCCUCCUCCCGAAAAUCACGGCCGCCUCCCCCUCCCUCCCAAUCGUCCUCAUGGGCCCCACCUCCACCUCCACUCCCCACGCCAACAUCGUGACCACCCUUGAAAACAUGAUGAAGACAGAGCCCUCGGCCAAGCGCGUGAGGGAGCGCGUGGAGCAGGACGACACCGCCACGCUGCUCUACUCCUCCGGCACGACGGGGCCCAGCAAGGGCGUUGUUUCCUCCCACCGCAACCUCAUCGCCAUGGUGCAAAUCGUCCUCGGCAGGUUCAGGAUGGAAGAGAACGAAACCUUCAUCUGCACAGUCCCCAUGUUUCACAUAUACGGCCUUGCCGCCUUCGCCACGGGACUCCUCGCUUCCGGCUCCACCAUUGUUGUCAUGUCCAAAUUCGAGAUGGACGACAUGCUGUCGGCGAUUCAGAGGUUCGGCGCCACGUAUUUGCCGCUCGUGCCGCCCAUUCUGGUGGCCAUGCUGAACAACGCCGACGCCAUCAAGGGGAAGUACGACUUGAGGACUCUGCAUUCGGUGCUCUCCGGUGGGGCUCCGUUGAGCAAGGAGGUCAUAGAGGGGUUUGUGCACAAGUAUCCCAAUGUCACCAUUCUUCAGGGUUACGGCUUGACGGAGUCCACCGGCGUUGGGGCCUCCACCGAUUCCUUGGAGGAGAGUCGCAGGUACGGCACGGCGGGGCUCCUCUCUCCGGCCACCGAGGCCAUGAUCGUUGAUCCUCACUCCGGCCAAUCGCUUCCGGUCAACCAAACCGGUGAGCUCUGGCUCAGGGGUCCCACCAUUAUGAAAGGUUAUUUCAGUAACGAAGAAGCAACCACAUCAACCCUUGAUUCAAAAGGAUGGUUAAGAACAGGGGAUGUUUGUUACAUUGACAAUGAUGGAUUCAUAUUUAUCGUGGAUCGGUUAAAAGAGCUCAUCAAAUACAAGGGAUAUCAGGUGCCUCCAGCAGAACUAGAGGCCUUGUUGCUUACUCAUCCUGCUAUUUUAGAUGCUGCUGUGAUCCCUUAUCCAGAUAAAGAGGCGGGGCAGGUUCCAAUGGCAUAUGUAGUGAGGAAGGCUGGAAGUAGCUUAUCAGAAAGCCAAGUUAUGGAUUUUGUUGCAGAACAGGUGGCUCCGUACAAGCGGAUUCGAAAAGUGGCGUUUAUAUCCUCCAUACCCAAAAAUCCAUCUGGCAAAAUUCUUCGCAAGGAUCUCAUCAAGCUCGCAACGUCUAAACUCUAAAGUAUGAAGAGAUGAGUCUUUUCGUAUUGUAUAUUCUAAAAGGGAAUAAAAUUGUCUUUACGUAAUUUUGUUUUAAUUUUCAACGAGAAACUAUAAUUUGAGUGGAGAUACCUUCUCCAUCAGUUUGUCAUCAAACUGGCAGAUCAAUGUUUAAAGAGAAAAUAAUCUGUGUGCUCCGAAAAUGGUAAAGAUUAUUUUGUAAAAUAAAACAUCAAUAUUAGUCUUUAAAAUUGUACCA